CAUUGUCGCUCGCGCAUUUACUGUAACUACUUGUACCGGCGGCCUUCGAUCAUGAGUUUAAUAUGUCUGCAUCGGUAACGCUAUGGGAACAGUGCCUUGGUCAACAGGAGCACUAAUUGAACGACUGCCCGCUCUGGAUGAUAUGAACCAUAAGGACAAUGCUCUUGCUAUGAGAAAUCUGCCCUGUUUGGGCGUGGCUAGUGGCAACGGACUGGCCGGUAUUGAUGCAAAGGCUGCUGCAACAGCUACGAUGGAAGUUGCGGAUGCAACUGCAUCUCCACAGCCACCUCACUCAACGUCUUCGUACUUUACCACAACCUACUAUCACUUAACAGAUGAUGAAUGUCACAGUGGAGUAAAUCAAUUGGGUGGAGUCUUUGUUGGAGGAAGGCCAUUACCAGACUCGACACGCCAGAAAAUAGUUGAGCUCGCCCACUCCGGAGCUCGACCAUGUGAUAUUUCGCGAAUCCUGCAAGUUUCCAAUGGGUGUGUUAGCAAAAUUUUAGGCAGAUAUUACGAAACAGGAAGUAUUCGACCUCGUGCGAUUGGAGGUUCCAAGCCACGUGUUGCCACCGCAGAAGUUGUUAGCAAAAUCUCGCAAUACAAACGGGAAUGUCCUAGCAUAUUUGCAUGGGAGAUCCGUGAUAGAUUAUUACAGGAGAAUGUGUGUACAAAUGAUAACAUUCCAAGUGUAUCUUCGAUCAACAGAGUUUUGAGGAACUUAGCAGCGCAAAAGGAGCAGCAAAGUUCGGGAACAAGUAGCUCCAACACAAACAUAAAUCCUAAUCCUAGCACGAGCCAAGGCAAUGCUAACAGCAACGUUAAUAGCAACAAUAAUGGUAAUAGUAUGAGUGGCAAAAGUGGUGUAAGUGUUGGCGUUGGCGCUAGCACCACAAGCAACACAAAUGAUCUAAUACAAACAGCAACACCGUUGAAUUCUUCGGAGAGUGGAAGAGCUAGCAAUUCGGGUGAGGGCAGUGAACAGGAGUCCAUUUAUGAGAAGAUACGCUUGUUGAACACCCAACAUGUGCCGACGCUUGAUCCGCCCUUGUCGACACCAGCUGCGCCUCCAGUUAUUCACGAACAACUGAUGACAAGUGUACCCAGUCAUUUUAGUCCGCAUCCGAUCCACACACAUAGCCAGCACCAGCAGCAACAUAACCAGCACCAACAGCAGAGUUGGCAGUCGCGACAUUAUCCAUCUGGGUCCUGGUAUACGGCUCCUUUGAAUGGCAGUGAAAUGGCUUCAUCAACAGGAGUGAUAUCGGUGACGGGGUAUUGCAAUGGAGGCACGUCAACUGCUCCAACUCUGCUUCCUGGACAUCCCUUGACUCCGCCAAGUGAUCUCAUCAACAUUGGUGGCCCAACUGUUCGCUUGGAUAAUUGUUCUAUUACAGGAGUCGAUGAAGUUAUGCUCAAAAAGGAGCUCGAUGGACAUCAAUCAGACGAAACAGGUUCUGGCGAGGGAGAGAACUCAAACGGCUGCGCGUCUAAUUUAGGUGCGACCGAGGAUGACCAGGCCAGAUUAAUUUUGAAGAGAAAACUGCAAAGAAACCGAACAUCGUUUACAAAUGAGCAGAUUGAUAGUCUAGAAAAAGAGUUUGAAAGAACGCAUUACCCAGACGUAUUUGCACGUGAACGUUUGGCUGGUAAAAUAGGAUUGCCUGAAGCAAGGAUUCAGGUGUGGUUUUCGAAUCGACGUGCCAAGUGGCGUCGUGAGGAAAAAUUGCGAAGUCAGAGGCGCACGCCAAAUUCCACCAGUACAAAUGGAACUUCAACCUCAACUUCGGCUACGACUUCAUUAACUGACAGUCCCAAUAGUUUGGGUGGCUGUUCAUCUUUAUUGGUAGGAUCAGCAGGAAGUGGUUUGAACAGCUUGUCAUCGCCCCACCCUAUAUCUACACCCACUGGCGGCCUUGAGACAACUGAGGCCCACCACUCCGCUAGUGGGGGAGGAGGAAGCGCACAGAUUCGAAGUGGAGCGCAUGACGUUGGUAGUGAAUGUACUUCGGGUCUGGAGAUUACGGAUCAUCGACAUCAGCAUCAUCAUCACGUUCCUCACACGCUCGUGCCGUCCAUUUCUCCGCGGCUCAACUUCAACAGUGGCUUUAGCAGUUCAAUGAGCGCUAUGUACUCGAAUAUACAUCAUAAUGCGUUAUCGAUGAGUGAGGGUUAUAGUGCGGUUUCUUCCAUGCCAAGCUUCAGUCACGCAACAGUUGGCUCAGGCAUCGCCCAACAAAGAGAUCUGACCCCGCCCUCAAUGUAUCCGUGCCAUAUGCCAUUAAGGCCGCCCCCCCUAGGGCCGCAUCAACUGGUCUGCGUUGGAGGCGCUACAAAUGAGAGCACUAGUGUCAGCAGUAGCCCUACAGUGAACAUUAGCAAUCCAGCUAGUAACAAUUCAACUGGAUACGAGUCCUUAUCCGCUUAUGGCUUGCCGCCCCCGCCACCAGCUCCAGCUUCGGCUUUGGGAACGUCUACCACAAAUACUGCUAUUAAUGCUGCCCAUCAACCGAGCAUGGAGGCUCGUCCAUCCACGUGCAGUCCAAGUCAAAUGUGCCAUGGGUCGGUAUUUGGAAGCGAGAGUAUUUCACCGGCUAUGCCUUCUUACGCACACAUGAGCUACAACUACGCCAACAGCCUGGCGUCUUCUGGUGGAGCAAAUCCAACUGGCCCUCAUAAUUCACAUGGGUCGGGAAAGCAACAGUUUUUUGCGUCUUGCUUCUACUCACCUUGGGCCUAAGUGCAGGCUUAGUACAUAAUUGAUAUAAUUAAUAAAUCGCUAUAUAAAGCAGCUUUCAUGCCAUCAAACAAACUAUUAAAAUAUUGUUUAUGCCACAUCUUUCAUAUCAAAGUUACACCUCGGAAACCCACAAAAUUGAAUUAACAUAU